UCUCUCUCCCCUCCUAAAUCCAUAUUCCAUCAUCAUCAUCAUCUUUUCCUUCUUCUUCUUCUUCUCCACCCACACGCAUACACACCUCCUCCCAAUUCCCAAUUUGGAGCUCCCUCCUCCCUUCCAUGGCCGCCGCCGCCGCCGCCGUUGUCGCCGCCGGCCGUCCUCCGCCGCCGCCGCCUCGGAGGAGCUCCGCCGCCGCUCGCGCUGGAGCCUCGCACUCUCUCUCCUCUCCUCUCUUUCUAGUUCCCAGGAGGAAUGUGAUAGCUUCAAUGCUAUCGAGUCUCGUUUUCGCGCCCAUCGCACGCCACGAAAUCGCAAUCGCCGACGCCUCCUCGUUCGGAUUCAGAGAGUACAUCGACAACUUCGACGGCUACACCUUCUUGUACCCGAAGAGCUGGAUCCAAGUCCGCGGUGCCGGCGCCGAUAUCUUCUUCAGGGACCCUUAUGUUCUCGACGAGAACUUGUCGGUGGACAUAUCGUCUCCCUCGUCUUCCAACUAUAGAAGCGUCGAAGAUCUCGGGACCCCGGAAGCUGCCGCGGAGAAGGUUUUAAAGCAGUACCUGACUGAGUUCAUGUCGACGAGAUUGGGCGUUCGGCGCGAGUCCAACAUCUUGUCUACGUCGUCGAGAGUUGCGGAUGAUGGAAAGGUUUACUAUCAAGUUGAGGUGAACAUAAAGUCGUAUGCGAGCAAUAACGAAUUGGCCGUUAUGCCGCAAGAUAGGGUGCAGCGGCUCGAAUGGAACAGGCGAUACUUGUCGGUUCUCGGCGUCGAGAACAAGCGGCUGUACGAGUUAAGAUUACAAUCCCCUGAAGAUGUGUUCCGCGAGGAGGAGAAGGACUUGCGCGAAGUCAUGGACUCGUUUCGGGUUGUGAAGGCGAUCGAUUGAGAGCAACAACACUCUUGUGAUUUAGAAUAGGAAAAAGAAAAAGGACAAACGAAAAUAGUGCGCGGCGUAAUAGAGGAGGUUAGAUUGUUUUCAAUCUGCAGUUGUUGAUGAGUUUGAUCUCCUUUUGUGCAGCUCAAAAGAUACUUAUUUCCAGUUCUAAUCACCACUUAUGAUCUGAAAUUGUCUGGUCGUUAUUAAUCAUACCACUACCACUAGGAUGUAUCCCGACACUGAUGAGCAGUAGAAUCAAUUCAGAAUCAUUGUUUAUCGUUU